AAAAAAAAAAAAAUUUAUUGAAUUCCGUUUUGUGGUAUUUAAUUUGUAUGGUAAAAAUUGAUUAUAUAAAAAUGAACUGAUUUUCCGCGUAACAAAAUUUGUAUCUACAAAGUUCAUCGAGUUUAUUGAUCAAGAAAGCUAUAUCUACAACAGGUCAUUUUAAGUAUUUAAGAAACUUAUCAGACCAUAUAAUCGUUCCGUAAAUCAUUGGCUUAUACGUGUAUUCUCCUUCCCCCUUACAUUCCAACGGUUUUUAGGUUUCUAUUUCCAUUACCUUAUUUGGUCUAUCAUCUUUCACUUUGCAUAAUCACAACAUAUUCAUACAUACAUACAUAAUGGCCAGUCAAGUUUAUCACGAUUAUACUGGAUUUACCAAUGUAACCAGUUUUAGUGAUGCAUUUAAUAACUUUAAUCAAAUUGAAUCUUUAAAUGUAUUUGAAAAAUUAUGGGGUUCAUAUUAUUAUUAUAUGGGUAAUGAUAUAUUUGCUACUGGAUUAUUAUUCUUUUGCGUUCAUGAAUUAUUUUAUUUUGGUAGAUGUUUACCAUGGUUUAUUAUUGAAAGAAUUCCUUAUUUUGAUAAAUAUAGAAUUCAAGAAACUAAAUUACCUUCAAAUCAAGAACAAUGGGAAUGUCUUAAAUCAGUUUUAACAUCUCAUUUCUUAGUUGAAGCUUUCCCAAUUUGGUUUUUUCAUCCUUUAUGUAAACAAAUUGGGAUAAGUUUUCAAGUUCCAUUUCCUCCUAUUACCGAUAUUUUACUUCAAUUAACGGUAUUCUUUGUUCUUGAAGAUGCUUGGCAUUAUUGGUUCCAUAGAGGUUUACAUCAUGGAGUCUUUUAUAAAUAUAUUCAUAAACAACAUCAUAGAUAUGCUGCUCCAUUCGGGUUAGCUGCUGAAUAUGCUCAUCCUAUUGAAGUUGCAUUAUUAGGUUUUGGUACUGUUGGUAUUCCAAUUAUUUGGUGUAUUAUCACUAAAAAAUUACAUCUUUUCACUAUUUGUGUUUGGAUCAUUUUAAGAUUAUUCCAAGCUGUUGAUGCUCAUUCAGGUUAUGAAUUCCCAUGGUCAUUACAUCAUUUCUUACCUUUCUGGGCUGGUGCUGAUCAUCAUGAUGAACAUCAUCAUUAUUUCAUUGGAAGUUAUGCAUCUUCAUUCAGAUGGUGGGAUUUUGUUUUAGAUACUGAAGCUGGUCCAAAGGGUAAACAAUCAAGAGAACAAAAAAUGAAAGUUCAAGCUGAAAAGAAGACUCAAUAAGUCAAUCAAUCGUUAGAUUGAUUAUCUGGUUGAUUUAUUCAGCUUAUUAGCAUCGACUGCUUCACAGUGGUAUUCGCUCUCCUUUCAUACCCUGACUCCUUAAUUACUCUUAACUACUAUUAUAGAUCAAACCUUUUAUUUAAGCAAAAAAAGUUGUAAACUAUUCAAAAAAUUACAUAUAUUUA